CCGCGCCCGCCGCUAGCCCUCCGCCCUCGGGGCCGCAGCGGGCCGUCCUCGCCGCGGUCACGUGAAGGGCCGCUCGGAGCGCGCGGAGCCCCUGCCUCCCGCCGGCCCGAGGGCAGAGUCCGCGGCGGCCCCGACGCUCCCGCAUCCCGGCCCGGCCGAGAUGCCCGGGGCCCGCCGAGCCGCGGGGGUGCGCCGCCCGCACCCGCAGCCCCCAGAGGAGCCGCCUGCUCGGGAGGAACAGGACCUUCUCCUGGCAGCUGCCUAUGUUUCUGAUGCCCAGUACAACAGGAAUAUUCCAUUUGAGACAUCUCCUCAGGCCAUCAGACUUUACUAUUUCUAUAACCACUGGACAAUGCAAGCAGCCACCUACUUCUUUAUUUGCAUAGACCUUUCUCUCGCCCUCUUCGAGGAACCUGCGUUGUUUCCACUGCCUUUCUUGGCCACCUCCAUAGUGGAAGUCCUCUGCCUGACCGCGUUCUUGGGGAGACUUGUACAUUUUGCGAAAGUCACUCCUCAGAUGGUUUUCUGGAAGGACACAAAAAACAUCUGCAUCAUGCUAACGAUAGUGCUGACCCUGAUCGAUCUGAUUGUCUAUGGGUCCCUGGAAGCUGUUAACAUCCACAGCGUUCGAUGGUCAAGGGCUUUAAGGCCAGUGUUCCUAAUUAACUUCCCCGAAAGUCGUCAGAUCCGCAGGGCUUUCCGAAGCAUCCGGAACACACUGCCUGAUAUCCUCUAUGUCUUUCUCCUGUUUCUCUUCAGUGUGCUCAUGUUCUCCCUCAUGGCCUUGAAGCUUUUUGGGGAUAGGGGUCUUAAAACAGUGGAAGGGUCGCCCUACUUCACGAACAUCCUGGACAUAGCGUUUGAGCUCUACGUGCUGGUCACGACGGCAAACAGCCCCGAUGUCAUGAUGCCUGCCUAUGACUUCAACGGGUGGUAUUCUCUGUACUUUAUAACCUACAUCAUCAUCAACACCUACAUCUUCAUGUCCGUCUUUCUGGCCGUGGUCUACAACAAUUACAGGAAACACUUAAAGAAUGAGAUUCGCAAACUGGCGUACCUGAAACGUCACAAAAUGAUAGAGGCUUUCAACCUUCUGAAAGUCCAGGUGGGCACAGAGUUUGUGGUGAAGGAGGCCCAGUGGAGGCGGCUGGCCAAGGUCGUGGCGCCGGACAUCAGCAGUUCCCACCUGGAGCUCCUCUUGAGGGUCUCCGACGAGGGACAGAAGGGGCACGUGGACAAAAUGAACUUUCUACGCUUGGCCGACCUCCUCAACAUCCAGGUAGUCACCAUCAACAUCAAGAGACACCCAUUGGAAGCUUGGAUGCCUCGGGUAUACCAGUCGUCUGCAAGCCUCUUGGUCCAGAGGAUGGUUCGGCACAGGGUUUUUGUCUGGGUUUAUGAUGUCAUCAUUCUAGUCAAUGCCAUAUUCAUUGCCCUGGAUGAGAGAAACCCCUUCAUCUCCUAUGCAGAAUGGCUUUUCCUUUCUCUCUAUAUCAUUGAGAUUCUCCUGAAACUGUACACGUAUGAGCCCAGAUCCUACUUCGGAAGGAGGCAGUUCUGGAACUGGUUUGAUGUGCUGAUCAUCAUCGCAGCCCUGGUGGCCACAGUGGCCAACACCACCAUUCAGUCAGCAAGAAAAUACAGCAGUCAGCAGAUACUGGAUAUCGUCUUGAUAUUGCGAAUUCUCCGGCUCUUAAGGGUCAUUGUCAGCAUUGAGAGAUUCCGGGUUAUUGUGACCACCUUAAUUAACAUCGGCCCAGCGAUGCUGACGUUUGGCGGACUUGUCUUGGUGGUCUACUAUGUGUUUGCUAUCAUCGGGAUGGAAGCCUUCCACAGCAAAGUCCAGUUCUUCGACCCGAAUUUCACCGCUCCCGAUGCCCUGGUGUGUGGGAACCCAGCCUUGAAGGACUCGGCCUUUGCCCGGAACAGGUACUGUAAGAACAACUUCAACGACCUCGCCUCCGCCUUCAUCUUGCUGAUGGAGCUCACGGUGGUUAACCAGUGGCACGUCCUUGCAGGCGGCUUUGCCCUCGUGACUCACCAGGCGGCAAAGUUGUACUUCGUCGGGUUCCACAUCGUGGUCGUCAUCCUCAUUGUCAAUAUUUUCAUAGCGUUCAUCUUGGAGGCGUUUUUUGUGGCGUAUUCAUUGGAAAAGAGUGAAGUAGAAACUGCUAUUGAGAAGAAGAUUCAAGAGCUCGGAGUGGGAAUCCAAGAGGAAGCAGUGCAGGAUGGGAAACUCGUUGACAACAUGGACACCAGGGACAGUGGCUUUAGUGGGGACGAUGGAGACAACAAAAGGAAGGCCUUGAAAGGAUUGUACUUCAGAAUUGCAUCAAAAAAGUACAGGACCGUGGACGCCUUGCUGCAGCAGAUGUUCGAGUCUGAAAUUGCUCCAGAGGAUGAAGGCCCUCCCUUGGAUGAGAUUCUGAACUUCUCACCCAGCGACAUAUGUCCCAAGAAUCCCAGUUUUGAAAACAGUGCAUGAUGCUGGGCUUGCACGGACCCCACUGCUGGAAACCAAGAUAAGCUGCCGUCACUUUUGCCUGUGCUCUCUCGAGAUUCUUUUUCUAGCCCAGGUUCCCUGCUGUGUCCUGAUAAGCCUGUGCCUCGGCCUCACCUGUCCUGAGUGGUCAGCUGGAGGUGUGGAAAGGCUGCCUCUGUGUGCCCACCUGGGCUUGUUCUGAGGCCUGAUCGUGGAGAUAAAGAGAGGAAAAUUUAGGAAGACUGUGAGGAGAACUUCUCCUACACAUGUAUGACACGUGUAAAGUCCUUUCAGGGGAAUUAAAGGUUUUCAUGUAUUUUUAUAUAUUUUGCUAUUCUGUUAAACGAAUACUGUACUACAAUGUUAUAUGAAUGAAUUUUGAAUAUUUAAAUACGAUAAAGGAAUACGUUCUAGUACAGUAGCUUUUAGAGGCAAUGUUUAUUCGAAAUGAAGAAAAAUAUGAAUGUGAAAAUAAAAUUCUCUUACUACUGCUUCUUUUUUGAGGGGAAGCUCUCAAAGCUUAAUUAAAUUACAAUUAUAGCAAGAUUUUGAGUAAGUCACCCCCUGAGGUCACUUUCCCCAGCUGGAAAUCUCCCAGUUCAGUGACUGCAGAUUUUAUUUGAUUUAAGGAUUUUUAAUUUGGGGUAAAAUACACAACAUAAGACUUACCAUUGUAACCAUUUCUAAGCGUGCAGUUCAGUAGUUUUCAGCACAUUCACGUUGUGCAGCUGAUCUCCAGGACUUUGUGGUCAUCCCAAAUGCAUCUCUGUCCCCAUUCAACAGUAAGGCCCUCUUCCGCCUCCCCGAGCCCCUGGCAACCACGUUCUACUUCCUGUCUCUGUGAAUUUGACUACUCUAGAGACCAACUGCAUUUUGAGUAAGUAUAAUCCUGUCUGGAGUCAUCAGGGUUGUGACUUCUCAUCCUGCACCUUGUUACAGGCUCACCAUAUGGCAGGGGAAUUGGUGGGACACGCCUCCCUGACCUGAGGUCUCUGCGUGCGGUGAGGCCAGAGUCCGGUGUCAUGUCCGUGUCAAGUGUCAGGGUGGCAAGUGAAGCCAGCUUGGGAGGGACUUCUUUUCCUCGGUUCUCAGGGUGACCUCUGCUGUAGGAGCAAAGCUAAGGCUUCGGGCACAGACAGUGGGUGGACUGUCUGGCUUCAUACCCUGCUCCCUGCCCACCAGGCCACUAACCUCUCUGCGCUCCGUUUCCUCCCCUGCAGACUCAGGAUGAAUGGUCCCUCCCUCCCAAGACUUGGGGGCUGGAGGAGGCUGAGGGCUGGCAGAUGCCUACUCCACGGGAUUUCAGCGUUUGCUCUCACGCAGAUUGCUGUUCCUGGUUUCAACCACCCCUGGCGUUUGGCACUGGUGGGCGCUGGAGAAUUCCAUUACCACGACAGUCCCGGGGGGCGGGGCCGUGCUGACCCAGCGGGUGGGAUUUGUGGCUCCUGCUAGCCUCCCAGACCUCUCUUAUUUCUUUGCAUAUCAAACGUUUAUUAUUAUGUGAAGUAUUAAACCAAAUGUACUGAGACAACUUAAUUUUUUAAGUUUGAAAAUAUGGGGGGGGCACUUACUUUUUAAUUAGAAACUAUGCAGUCAUUGUGAAAGAUUCAAUACAGAAAUGUAGUAAAAAGUCAAAAGUUGCUCUUUAUUCUUCCUUCUCCUCGCCGCCUCCCCCUUUCAUUCUUCCACUUACGGGCCGGCAUGCCAUUUCCAGUGGGAAAUGCUGAGUUUGUUGUUUAUUCUUCUGGAACUAAAUCUGCCCAUUCGCAGUCAUGUAUAUUAUGUGUAUUAAUACAUGGUAUAAUUGCGUCUUUUAUCCUAAGUGGGAUGUCAUGACAUUUUCCAUAUAUAUUCAUGUAUAUUGUUCAAGAACCUUCUUUUUUCCCCGACCAGCAAUUGUUUCAUGGUGAGAGAUAUAUACACACACACACACAGAGAAAAUGCUGCCUGGUGUUCCAUGCCAUCAGUGUUUCAUGCUUUAUUGAAGGAUUCAUCUAUUUGUGGAUUGUUCCGCGAGUUCAACAUUAAACGAUAAUGGAGUAAA